AUGGACACGCAGGGGCUCCGUGCCGUCUCGGAGUACGUCGCACGGGGCCAUGGCAGCGGCGUCGUGUUGGCGUGGUGCGCAGUGAGCCCUGCAGCGUUCGCGUCCGUAAUAAGCGCCCCCUCCCGCACGCGGCAGGCCGCUCACGAGAGAAGUGUACACUACCUCCCCUCCUACGAGCAGAAGAGCGGUUGUGUGUGCACUGUACGGGUGGACCGUAUGGGCAUCACUCUCAACGAGUUUCACCAGCGCGUGCCGCUGUGGCUCGUGACGUGGCACACGCAGCUACUUUACCGCCUCUUCGGGGCCGCGGGUGUGGCGGUGCACGUGACAGACCUAGACAGCCUCGUGCUGGACUCGCUGCUGUCCGGCUGGGAAGGCACGCCUGUGCAGGUAACCGCGUUGACGUCACGGCAUCGCCUCAGCGCCUGCGUCUCCGCCCACCGGCGCUGCACUGGCCGCGUCUUUUCUGCCCUUGCGGGGCUGCAGGACCUUGUUCUGCUGCCUUCUCCGUGCGUGCAUGGCUCUCUGGUUGUGGCUGAGUACGCGCCUCUCUUGCGCCGCGUCACGGCGAGUAGGUGUUGUGUGGAGUACUUGAAGCCGCUUAGUCAGCUCCAGCACCUGCAGGAGGUGCAACUGUCCCAGACGCUGAUCCGCGACGCGGAGCUCCACAUUUUGGCGCAGCUUCCUCUCCUAACCACCCUUGACGUUUCUUCCUGUUCACACUUGUCCAGCCUUGAGCCCCUAGCCUCUGCCGCCUCCCUUCGAAUACUGCGCGCUUCCAGCUGCGAGCGGCUCAUGUUCGUGGCACAGCUCGGCACCCUCGCGACGCUGCGGAUAGUGGACCUGUCGGGCAACGUGUUUCUCCCCAUCGAAUUCGCGUCGUUCAUAACGCAACCCACCUUGCACCUCCAAGCCGGCUACUUUGCGCACAUGCGCUGGCCUCGUGACGACCCACCGCCGACGCAGGUGCUGGGCUCCGUCAGACACCUCCACCUUUCCUACGGCACGGUGCCAAACGUCCGCUGGCUGUGCGGCGCGCACAACUUGGAGCAGCUCUACCUGGACCACACAAACGUAACGGCUGUCGACAUGGCGGCUCUGGUGCAGCACACGCCGCUCCUGUCCGUCCUAUCACUUUCGUACUGCGAGCACCUGCACACAAACCUGGACUUUACCCGUUCGCUGCGUUUCCUCGCGAUGCUGACCAUAACACGCAGCAGCCUACCCUCUCCUUUCCCAGAGCUCGUAGAGCUGCAGCAGUCCCUGUCGUUGACGCUCUCCUGA